GAUUCCUAAUCGAGAAUCGAUUAUACUAAGUUAACUGUCAAGCGUAAGCAGUAUGGUUGUAAAAUGUAAUCGUAAAAUGUAAAUAAUCUGUUGAGACGCGAACUGAAAGUAAUUAAACAAAAUGACGACAAGAAGUUUAACAGAUGUUUUUAUUUUGAUGCGUAACAAUGCUAUGCAAAGUCGUCAUUUUUAUUCCGAACAGCAUGUAUCAGAUCGGACAACGUUGGUUGGUGGGGCUUCUGAUCCUGAGUCAGGUGGUCUGGAGUUGCGACAAAAUGCAGGGAACAGCCGUGGUAGUGGUAAUCAGCCACCAAUGUGGGCGGAUGCUCUGGAAGAGGCACAGUACACAUUAUCAAGACUGCGAUCCAAAGUGAAAGAGCUGGAAGCUCUUCAUUCACGUCACCUCCAUCGUCCAACACUGGAUGACUCUUCAGAGGAGGAACAACGUAUCGAGGCAUUGACACAGGAUAUAUCCAGGAUGUUCGGCACUGCCCAGCGCUUGCUGCAGCAGGUCCGCCAACAGAGUGGUGGAGGAAAGACUGUAGGAGGGAGGGCAGACCGUCCUGGCCGCCUUUCUCACAAUGUGGUGUCCGCUCUUGUGUCUGCACUGCAAGAUGUUUAUGUAGCAUUCCGCCGAACGCAGACAAAUUAUCUGAAGAAAUUAGAUUCUCGUGAGGAGCGUUCUCGUCAGCUUCUGGCCUCUCCUCUUGAGAUCCCAGAUGAACCGUGGGCGCUACCAGGGUCCGUAACACACGCAGGUGUAGAUGACUGGGAAGUAGACUCGGACAUUGACCACAUUGACAGGCAGUUUGGGUCUUCUGGUGCUAUGGCUGGGUCUGCUGCAGCUUCACAGACACAGCUGUUACUGCUGGAGGAAGAGAACACCAGAAUGGUGGAGCAGAGAGAGAAAGAAGUGCAGGCAAUUGUGAAGUCUAUUGCAGAACUGAAUCACGUCUUCCGGGAUUUGGCCCAUAUGGUUGCUGAUCAGGGAACAAUUCUGGACCGGAUUGACUACAACAUUGAGCAGUGUCAGGCUGAAGUACAUCAGGGUUACCAACAGCUGCAGAAGGCCAGCAGAUAUCAGCAGAAGAACAGAAAACUUGUGUGUAUAAUUAUUAUGGCUGCAAUUACCCUUGUGAUGAUUAUACUGCUAAUUGUUGUCAAAUCAUGAGCUGGUCUAUAUUCAGUGCUUGAAGAGAAGGAAAUGUCCAGGAGCUGUGCAACAGCCAUAUGGUUGUACACGAUUAUCAGGAUUCCAUACCUCGGCAGAAGCAGAUUAAGCCAAAUCAUCCUUACGAUUCUGACAACGGUAUUCCAUAUUUUUUUCCAUGUCCUUUGUGAAUGUUGCUGGAAAAAGACUGUAAAAAUGACCAAUAUCAACAUAGGAAGUUAACUUCCACUUAAUGAGUUGAAUAUUUAUACAAGUUCCAGACAAAAUGCAUUUCUGUUGAAAUAUUAGUUUACACCUUCUGUCAAAAAUAUUUAUCCAGUGUAAUAACAUGGGGUUUCUACCUUCAGUAUAUUGUUCACAUCAGUUGUGGGCUUUAAAAAGACGCAUUGACAUGUAUAGUUCUUCCUGUUUAGACUGAUUCUGGUCAACAACUGCAGCUAAUGUUUCUGAAUAAUUUUUGUGUUGACGAACCAUCUACUUGCUGUACUUUGAAAUUUUUAAACCCAAAAGGAAGGUAGAAAGUUCAUACUAUCUAAUCAUGAUUGAAUUGAAUUUUGCAUUACAAUAUGUACUUACGUACACCAACUAAACCAAUGCUGAGGCAGCCUAUUAAACAUCAUUAUAACUUUGUUGUAUAUGGUAGCCGGUAUUUAUAUGAACAGCAUCUGGCAGUGAAAAGUUUCUUUUUGUAAAAUGUAUUUAUUUUUAUUAAGUAAAUUAAAAUAAUACCCAGUAAAAA